UUGGAGGCAACGAUAAACCCCAAUGCCAAAUUCUCAUCUCAAAUUCCCAGAACACCCCAAAAUUCCCCACACUUUUCGCCUAGGUCUCCACCUAUAUCCUCGCUCAACUCAAUAAUUUAUAUUGAUUUUGGUGGGGGGCUAUCACAACAUACAACAACAAUUGAUCAGCUGAUUUCUCUGCAAAAAUGCCGUCAUCAUCAGCGAAUUUGUGGGUUUUAUUAGGGCUUGGGAUUGCGGGGAUAUUGAUUAUGACGAAGAAGCUGAAGCGGGCGGUGAGGGCUGAUUUCGGAGCCUUUAUAGAGCGGUUGCAGCUGUUGCCGCCGCCGCAACCCCUCCCUCCCAAAGCUCCUCACCCUCUUACUGGCCUAUCUUUUGCGGUUUCUGAUGUAUUUGACAUUGAAGGACUUGUUACUGGGUUUGGCAAUCCAGACUGGUCCAGGACUCAUGAACCUGCAACCCGGACAUGCCCUGUGGUUGCUGCCCUUGUUGAUGGAGGUGCUACAUGCGUUGGGAAAACUGUUGUGGAUGACAUGGCAUUAGGUGUUAGUGGAGAAAACAAGCAUUACGAUACACCAACUAAUCCUGCUGCACCUGCACGAGUACCAGGUGGAGCUUCGAGUGGUGCUGCUGUUGCUGUUGCUGCGAAACUUGUUGAGUUUUCAUUGGGCAUAGAUACUGAUGGCGGCGUGCGAUUACCUGCUGGAAACUGUGCCGUAGUUGGCUUUCGACCAUCUCAUGGCACCGUUUCCCUUUCUGGGGUAAUUCCUGUUUCAGAAAGUCUUGACACAGUUGGUUGGUUUGCAAAGGAUCCCAGUGUACUUCGUCGUGUUGGUCAUGUGCUGCUGCAGGUCCCAUAUGCUGCACAACGCAAUCCAAGGACUUUUGUCAUUGCUGAUGACUGUUUUCAGUUAACAAAGGUUCCUGCAGACCGGUCUCAGAUGGUGACAAAAGCCAUCGAAAAGCUUUUUGGAAGACAAGUUCUACGGCAUGAAAAUCUAAGUGAUUAUAUAAAAUUGAAGGUUCCAAGCUUAAAAACAUUCAGUGUCAUUCAAGCAAAUGGUGAUGGUAAAUCUUCUCCAUUAAGAAUGCUAGUGAAUGCCAUGCAGAUAAUUAAAAGUUAUGAGUUCAGGAAAAAUCAUAAUGGAUGGAUCAACUCAGUAAAUCCUACUCUGGAUCAUGUUAUCUCAGCACAAUUACGAGAAACAUCGGAUUUGAGUGAUGCAGACAUUGAGAAAUGUCGCUUAAUUAGGGUCGAAUUGCGUUCUGCUAUAGAUGCGCUUUUAAAGGAUGAUGGAAUAUUAGUUAUUCCUACUGCCCCUGGUCCUGCAAAACUUGAAUCCAAAGAGAGUUAUUCUAAGGAAUAUUUGAUUCAGGCGACCACCCUGUCAAGUUUAGCUACUAUGUCAGGCUGUUGUCAGGUUGCAGUACCAAUGGGUUUCCACGAAAUGUGCCCAGUUUCUUUGUCGCUUCUUGCCAGACACGGGGGUGAUAGGUUUCUGCUAGAUACAGUGCAGUCUAUGUAUACAUGUUUACAGGAACAGCUUGAUACCGCCUCAAAACCUAAAGUAUCUAGUAAAACUGUGACAAAUGAAGAGUCUGCUAAUGUUGCCAAAGAAAAGGGCAAUCAAGCAUUCAAAGAUAAACAAUGGCAGAGAGCUAUUGGAUAUUAUACAGAAGCCAUCAAGCUCAAUAGUAGUAAUGCAACUUAUUAUAGUAACAGGGCUGCAGCUUACUUGGAGAUUGGAAGUUACAUUCAAGCUGAAGCAGAUUGUAGCCAAGCAAUUGAUCUUGAUAAGAAGAACGUAAAGUCCUAUCUGAGGAGAGGAACAGCUCGGGAAAUGUUGGGCUACUAUAAAGAAGCAAUGGAAGAUUUUGGAUAUGCGCUUGUUCUUGAACCAAACAACAAAAGAGCAUCUCAAUCUCUGGACAGGCUGAGGAAGUUAUUUGAGUAGUUAAUCAGAUAUACCUCAAUUACCUAUAGAUGUUUUGUGUAAACGGCGUUCAAGCAGCUUCCAGUUACCAAUUUUCUACAAAAAACGAACGUCUUGAAUGUAAGCGACAGACACAGUCCACUCUUUAGUUGUCGCAUACGCCAUUUAUAUUUUUUGUUGUAGCACCACACUAUUCAUCUCAGAUAUGGGCUGUCUUCAGCUUAUAACUUUUUUCGGCCUAGCUGUGCCUUAGCCAACAAUAAAAAGGUUGGAUUAUUUUUAUCGCAA